AUGGCAACCACUGCAAUGGAUUACGAAACCGCCAACGGAGAUCGUUAUGAUGAUGACGGUCCUCGCUAUGAGCGUGACCAACGUAGCGCCUCUCCCCGAGCAUCCCGCGACGAUGGCAUUGAUAGCUCCCGGCGCCGAUCUGCCUCCCCGGGCAAUGCCCAGGCUACUCGGGCUCCUAAAGAAGAUAAUAACAAGGACGAGGACGGUUCUGUCAAUCCUGGAUCUAACCUCUUCGUCACUGGAAUCCAUCCUCGCCUCACCGAAGCCGAAGUGACUCGUCUCUUCGAGAAGUAUGGCGAAGUCGAGAAGUGUCAGAUCAUGAAAGAUCCUCACACCAAAGAAUCACGAGGCUUUGGCUUUGUCAAGAUGGUCACUUCCGAACAAGCCGAUGCUGCCAAGGAAGGUCUCCAGGAUGAAGAGAUAGAAGGACGGUCCCUCAGCAUUGAGAAGGCUCGCCGUGCGCGACCCCGAACCCCUACCCCCGGAAAAUACUUCGGCCCACCGAAAAGAGAGCACGGACGUCCUCGCUUUGAUGACCGUCGUCGUGGUGGCGGUUAUGGUGGUGGAUACGGUGGCGGCGGUCACUACGGUGGUGGUUACGGCGGCCGUGAUGACCCUUAUCGUUAUCGCGGAGGCGGUGGCUACGACCGCCCUCGCUACGAGGACCGCGGUGAUCGUGGUUACCGUGAAGACCGAGGAUAUGACCGCAGCUAUCGUGAAGACCGAGGCGGUUAUAGUGGUGGUGCUGGCAGAGAUGAUCGCCACGAUCGUGGAUAUGAACGACGUGAUCGCAACGACGACAGCUAUGGCCGGGUUGAUCGUUAUGGAGGCCCCCGUGAGGAGCGUGAACGAUAUGGUCCCCGCGGUGGCGACGACAGACGUGGCCCUGGUUAUGAGAGAGACCGCUACGACCGCCCUGAUCGCGACGGUCAACGGGCUCGUGACCCCGCUGCUUCUGGUUACGGUGAAGCUGCCCCCCGAACCGAUGGCCGUGAACCGUAUGCUGGCGCCCCCUAG